UGGAGCGAGCAGAUUGAGGCCGCCACUGCAGCGCCGCCGGCAUGAACUUGGCCGCAAGCUGAAGCAACCGGCGGCGGGCGGGCGCGGGGGCACCGGCCGCUAGCCUGGGGGUGAUCUGCAACCCACCCGGGCCACUCAGCGGGAGCCCGAGGCCAGGCUGCCUGCGCCGGCGGCCGCCCGCCCCUGGGGCACUGCCCCCGCCGCCGCCGAGGGAGCUCCGCAGCACGCCCUGUGUCUAGGUCGUUUGGGAAGCGCCUUGGAGAGUCAAGAAUAAAAUUGCAGGUCAAACAAUGGAUGACUGGAAAAGUCGGCUUGUAAUCAAGAGCAUGGUUCCCCAUUUCGCCAUGGUGGGAAAUCGUCAGGAGCCCAGAAAGCUCCAGGAAUCGGGAACCACUAAAAGGAGACAGGAAGGAGAUAGCUUCCAGUUUCCAGGCAUGGGUGACGGAGGUUACCCUAAUAAAAUCAAGAGGCCUUGCCUUGAAGAUGUUACCCUCUCUAUGGGCCCAGGUGCCCAUCACAGCACACCCUGUGCAGAGCUGCAGGUGCCUCCGUUGACAAUGAACCCUAGCCCUGCCACCGUGGGAGUACCUGGCCAUUCAUUACCCCUCGAAACUAAUCCCAUGAAUGGCAGCAUAAUGGGCUCACCAUUUGCCGUGCCACCGGCUGCAGAAAUGGGACUGAAAGGGCCCAGUGGUCCCUACUACGACAAGGCCAACAGCGUACCGGCUGUGGACCAGGAACUUCAAGAUCUCCUGGAGGAGCUAACAAAAAUUCAAGAACCUUCUCCGAAUGAGCUAGAUCUUGAGAAGAUACUGGGGAGCAAACCAGAAGAACCACUGGGGUUAGAGCACCCACAGGCAACCCUAGGUACCAGCGCCAAGCCUCCAGUUCAGAUGCCACACUUGGAGAGCCUCAGUUCUGGCAAGGAGUUUCCUUCUAGCUGCGGCCAGCUCCCAGGCGCGCCACUGCAAGUCCCGCCCUCCCCAGCUGGGCUCAGCUAUGUGAUUCCCACCAGCGGGAAGCAGGUGGCCUCGCCGGGCUCCUCAGCAGCACAGGCCAAGAGCCAGGUCCAGGGGAUGCUCCCUGUCGCUUUGCCCCCACUCCCAGUGCCUCAGUGGCAUCACGCCCACCAGCUGAAGGUGCUGGCAGCCAGCAAGCAGGGCUCCUCUACGAGGCAGCCGGGGCCCAACACCAGUUGGUCUGGCCUGCCUCCUCCAGGCCUCUCCUCGUCUUACCGCCCGGUGCCGUCGCCACACCCGCCGCCGCCGCCAUUCAGCCCUCAGAGCCUCAUGGUGUCCUGCAUGGCGUCCAGCAACUUGCCGGGGAGCGCUUUCCAAGGCUCCCCCAAUGCCUUACUGGCCAGCAUGGCGUCCAGCAGCAGUGCCACGCUGGGGCCCCCCAUGCUCUACACUCCUGAGAAGCUCCCUAGCCCGGCUCUCAAUCAGCAGCCGCAGUUCAGCCCGCAGAGUUCCAUCCUUGCCAACCUGGUGUCCUCUAGUGUCAAGAGUCCUCAGGGACACUUGAUGUCUGCUCUGCCCGCCAACAACCCGGGGCCAUCCCCGCCCUACCGCCCUGAGAAGCUCUCGAGCCCAGGCUUGCCACAGCAGUCCUUCACUCCGCAGUGCUCCCUGAUCCGGAGCCUCACCCCCUCCAGCAACCCGCUAAGUCAGCAGCAGCCACCUCCGCAGCAGCAGGGAAACACCAUCUUCAAGCCCAUGGCCACCAACUCACCCAAAACCCUGAGCAUGAUCAUGCAGCAGGGGCUGGCCAGCCCCAGCCCGGGGGCCCCAGAGCCGUUUACUUUUGGCAACACCAAGCCCCUGUCACAUUUUGUUUCUGAGCCGGGCCCCCAGAAGAUGCCCUCCAUGCCUGCCACCACGAGGCAGCCGUCCCUGCUUCACUACCUGCAGCAGCCAACGCCAGCUCCGGCAUCUUCUGCCACUGCCUCCUCCACCGCCACUGCCACCUUGCAGCUGCAGCAGCAGCCUGACCACUCCUCUCUCCUCCUGCAGCAGAUGAUGCAGCAGCCACCCCCACGCUUUCAGCGGCCAGUGGCCCCGGACUCCAUGCCUUCUCUGCCCAGACAGACUCAUGUAGACAAAGCCUGCAAGCUUGGGGAAGCCAGGCCCCCCCAGGUCAGCCUCGGGCGACAGCCCCCAUCCUGCCAGGCCCUGGGGAGUGAGUCCUUCCUGCCCGGCAGCUCCUUUGCUCAUGAGCUGGCCCGAGUCACCUCCUCGUACAGCACCUCAGAGGCAGCGCCCUGGGGCGGCUGGGAUCCGAAGGCCUGGAGGCAGGUGCCUGCUCCACUACUGCCUAGCUGCGACGCUGUAGCAAGAGAAGCAGAGAUCAGGUCUUAUGGCAAUGACCCCUGAACAGCGGAGUGCAUAUAUUGCCCAACAGAUGAGUCAAUUUCAAGCCGUCCAAGAACAAGUCACCUCCAAGUGUAGCCAGACCGAGGCAAGCCCCCCAUCCAGCCAGCCUAUGAUGCCACCCAGAGCUGGGCUCCUUCAGAACACUCUGAGUCCAGGAAUGAUCCCAUCUGCCAGGCACCAGAGCCAUGAGGGCCUGGGCGUGAUCUCACAGACUCUGGGCAAGCAGCAAGGAAUUUUCAACUCCAGUCCCCCGUUUCCCAUACCCUCGCGCUCGGGCCAGAACCCCAUUAGCAGCCUCGGCUCUGUCUGUCGUCGUCUGCAGAUUCCCAAGACCCUCCCCUCAGGAGUGCCCCUGCCUGGGUUCUGUCCCAGGCCCCUGGGCAGCCAGCCCCUAAGUCCCCACCAGCUCCGACAGCCCUGUGUGCCAAGAAUGCCCGCAGUGUUCAACAAUGCUGCAUGGGCGGCGGCGGCAGCUGUGACCGCAGUGGUCUCGAGGGAACCAUCCCUGAGCCGUGUAGAUAAUAGCAUCCAGCAUUUUGAUAGCAACUCCAUCUUCGCCAAGGCGCCCGCAAGAGUCCCCACAGUAGCCCUGACAUUUCCACUGCAUCAGGCACUUGCGCCCCCAAAUCAGGUGGCCCCAGGAGGCAGGCCUGGCCAUAAGGUGAGUGCGGCUCUGGUUGACCCUAGCUUCAGCCUGCUGGGCAACCAGAGCCUCAGGCAGAGCCCGGUGCGGAGUCCCGUGCCCACACUCAAUGCCGCCAAGUCCCUCCAGCAGGGAAUGGCCAGCUUUGGUCCCAUGAGUCCCAUACAGGGCAUCGAGCCACCAAGCUAUGUGGCCGCGGCCGCUGCCGCUGCCACCGCCUCUGCCGUUGCUGCCAGCCAGUCCCCAGGUCCGUUCACCAGAAUGGGCACCCCCCCUGAGCUGGCACCCUAUGACUUUCUGCCCCAGCCCCAGCCCUCGCCCUCACUAAAUGGUCUGAUGUCACCCCCUGACGGCAGUGAGGCGGAUUUCAUUGAAGCUCUGUUGAAAGGCCCCAGUGCAAGCCCAGUGGAAGGCUGGGUAUGCGACCUGAGGCUCAUUGAUGACAUUUUGGAAGAGCACGCCGCUGCCCACGAUGCUGCCGCCCAGAGCGCUGGGGGGCUUUAAGUGCCCACAGAAAGCCCAUGCUGACACCACUUCAGGCAGUGGCGUGGAUCCAUAUCAAGGACAGUGGCGUGGAUCCAUAGCAAAUUUGCAACCGGCCCCACAGCCACACAGUUGUUUCCUCAUCACGAUUUGAGUGGCAUCAGCCUGUGCUCAUCCCUCUCUCUACCUGUGACAAAAUGGAAAGCUGGUGAUUUUUCAAGCUACCUGUACAUAUUUGAAAAUUUUGUAAAUGGUUUUCCUAAACGUUAAUGACAGAAGUAUUUAUACUUCAUUUUGUGACUUUGUAAAUAAAGUGACGGCUUUUGUUUCA